ACUUCUCCCUGUUUCACGCAGCCACCACUUCAAGUUCAGAUCCACCCCCCACCUCCCUCUCACUCCUCUGUUUCUUCCUCUCGGCCUCUCUCCAUAUUUUUUUUCACCUUCUCCUUUCAAUCCCGCCACUCUCUCUGCGUCUCCCUAUUCUUGUAACUGCCACCCACCACCAUAGGCCAAGCCCUCCACCACGACGCCGGUAAGCUUGCCCUCCCCUUCGCUUUCUCUUUCCCUCUAACCCUCCGUUAAUCUCUCUCUCUCUCUCCUCUGUUUCUCUCUCUCUCCACCGUUUGCAUCUCUCCUCCGUUUUGCCGCCAGACUGUGUGCCACCGCCUCCCUCUUUCGGUUUGUCGAUGCCGUUGUCGUGUGCCACCAAGUCGCAGGCCGUCGCUGUUCGUCCUCCGUUUUGCUCAGCCGCGCCAUCUCCCCCGUUGUUUUCAUCCUCUCCAGGUUGCGCCUCCACGCCAGUCGCCACGCCGAUCGCUCAUCCCUUCUCCCCGAUUUCGGUCGCCCCUCUUCACGCCGACUAGGUUUUUUUUCCUCCCCCAGUAGCCCCUUUAAGUCCUGAACCGUGACUAACAUAGGCCAUCGGAGUCAACCUCUUACUGCCAAAGGCAUCGAAAUCAGUCCUAGACUGCGUAUUCUCAGUAUUGAAUUCACCGUAUUCACUGCAACGAAAUUAGGGACCUUAGGUUGUGAGACUAUUAGGGGUCGGACACAAGACUUAGAUAACACGCUACAAGAAUCAGAUGAUGUGAAUGUUUCAGUUGAGGAUCCAGAAUAAGAUGCGAGGACAAGAUUGUUGAGUGACUCGAAGAAUUGAAGUGGAGUAUUGGAGAAAAAGUGAAGGAGAGUGAACAUAUCUGGGUGAAAGAUGCUUCAGAUCCGGCUUAGGCCAUCCUCAGAAGGUGCUGGAGGGGCGAAGCCCUUGCCUGUGGAAACUGUGACAGUCGCAUGCCCUGACCACCUUGUCCUUGCUGAUCUCCCUGUAGCAAAGGGUAUUGGUGCAGCAACUUCCGCUUCCCUUGUCAAGACUGUUGGUCGUAGGUCCCGUCGCCCUCUUGGUGAGAGAGUCCAUUUUUGUGUUCGCUGUGAUUUUCCCAUCUCUAUCUAUGGGCGCCUGAGUCCUUGCGAGCAUGCCUUCUGUCUCGAUUGUGCUAGGAGUGAUUCAAUAUGCUACCUUUGUGAUGAGCGUAUACAGAAGAUUCAGACAAUUAAAAUGAUGGAAGGGAUAUUCAUCUGUGCAGCACCACAUUGUCUCAAGUCUUUUUUGAAGAGGUCUGAUUUUGAAUCUCAUAUCCAGGAGAGCCAUGCUAACCUUCUUCAACCCAAUGCCGAGAAAGAAGAUGGAAAUGAGUCAGAGUCUCAACUUGCUAAACAACCUACUGCUUCGGACCCCACUGCCCGUGGUCCUCCAAGACCAGUAUUUUCUCCUGGUUCAAAUUCCCAACUUCAUGAUCGUGAAGACAGAACUCAUCGACAGCAACCUAGGGAACCGCCGCCUCCAAGGCCAGUCAUACAGCCAAAGCAACCUAGUUUUGGCCAAGUACAAAAUCAUCCCUCAGAGCUGCAACCCGACAACAACCGACCCCAAGGCUUUGACAGGCUGGGCCCCCAAAACCGCUUCCAUCAACAGAUUUUUGACACCCACGCCACCCCACAACAAGAAUCUGGCCAGUUUUCAGACAAACAGCAAGGAAUCCUAUCUGAGAGUCCAUUUCCUGAAUACCCACCCAUGCAUUCCUUUCAGCCAUCUAAUUUUGCCGUGCCAGUUAAUUCAAAUCCAAUGCUAAAUCCUCCUCUCCCUUAUGGAUAUCCUCCUUUCCAGCCUGAGGGAGGCCAACCAUUUUAUGGCACUCCCUAUGAGGUUACGCGGCAGGAUUCAGCAUCAGAAGCAGGAGCAGAACAGGGAUCAUUGUUGGGUUUCCCACCAGUUCAAGCAGGUGGUGUAAAUUUCCCAGCAGCGUAUGCUCAGCCCUGGAAUGCAGGCUUUGUUGGUUUGCCUUUUGAGCAUCAACCUGGUGGUCAAGGCAUUAUAGAUGGUUUCACAAAUGCAUCAGAUUCUCAUGGGAAAGCUGCAUUUCAUCAAGGUGAGUUUGGACGCAGUCCUGGAGGUAUGCCUUCAAAUCCUCCCCCGCCCUUGGCCAGUAAGGGUAUGGAACAAGUGCAGAGUGGCAACUUAAUGGAUCCAAGGGAUGGCAAGGGCAUAUUAGCACCACAGCCCCUGACACUCCCGCCACCGCCUCCACCCCGACCUCAUUCCUCGCAACUUAAAAGAAAGUUCUAUCCCGAUGCUAGCCGUGAUGGACAGGGCUAUGGGUGGCAGCAUGAAAACCGUGAUAGCUAUGGGAGUGGCCAGGAAUAGCAAAUAUGCCGGUUUUCACUUCAGAACCUUUUUACAUUUGAACUCAUUGAAUCAAUCAAUUUAGCCCGUUGUGCCUUUUAUUUGUUCCCGAUAAAGCGUUAGUCGAUCUCAUGCUCUGUGGGUCCAGUUUGUUCGUAUAUUUUGAUUGGAUAUCUUGCGAAUAUCUUCAGCAUAUUCUUUACAGUGCUUCCCCAUAUCACAGACACUCAGAUGUAGUUUGAAUGAAACAUUUGAGAUGUAAAAUUUUCAUAAAAUUUUUGUUUAUUUUUUGGGAAAAA